AUGGAGAUGAAGUUCUUGUUCCGCGGCUUGACGCUGGUUCUGAUGGUGGCGUUGGGCGAAGCAGUUGGGGAUAGAAUGAAAUGGAGCAGAAAGGAGAUGGUGGAGAUGGCUGGCUACGGCGAGCUCAAACUCUCCUCUGUCCUUCUCACCGUCUCUCUUUUAUCUUCCUCCUCCCCUAUCCCUGGUGCUACGGUUGGGAUGAAAUGCCACAAUGGAUUUAGGAGGAGAUCCAAAUGGAUCAAAGCGGUCACUAAUGAGUUGGGGCAAGUCGUCAUUGAUCUUCCUUCUCACCUCCACGCAAUUCCUGACCUGGAAAAGGCCUGCUUCAUCAAACCACUCUCUAUCCCUGAACCAUAUCAAUAUUGCUCUUCUCCCAACAUUCAUAGAGGCAUUCAACUAGUUUCUUCUUCCAACGGCUCCCGAGUCUACACAGCCGGCAACAUCACCUUACACAGAGCACCAUGUAGAAAAGAAGAGAUUAUAAAUUAA